GUAUUCCUCGAGCACGACACGAAUAAAAAACCCAGCUGAAACGUGUGUUUGUCUUCCGCGUCUUCUAUUUGGGACAGUAGGUGAUAUUCGGGUAGGCAUUGGACACCGAGUGAAUGUAACUUCGCUCUGCCCGCUAUCCAUCAUAAAACCUUAUUUUUAAGAAUAGUUGUUAAUUGACUGCAAAAAACUACCUGGGGCCAGGGAUUUCAUAGUAGCCAACACCGACUGUGGAUUUUGUCACAUUGGCAUACAAUGACAACUUCCAUCCGUACAAAGACAGAUCCUUUGGAUUCCACUGAUCCCCAGGUUCUGGACUAUAUGCUGGUUCCUCACCGGAACUUCAACCUGAUCAAUGGGGUCCACUCUCCCGACGAGGUCGACCAAAUCCAGAACUGGGAGAUCCGAGACUCCGACAUAUUCGCCGUCACUUAUCCCAAGUCAGGGACGAUCUGGAUGCAGCAGAUUCUGACUCUGAUAGAAGCCAAAGGGGACGUCACUCCAAACACAGAGCAUCUCAACGCGCAGCGCGUCCCAUGGAUCGAGCUGAUUGGCAGUGAGAAGGAGUUUAACGCUACCCCUUCCCCCAGGCUACGGGUCACCCACCUGCAGUACAAGUUCAUGCCUCUCGCCAUCAGACAAAAGAGGGGAAAGGUGAUCUAUGUGGCCAGAAACCCUAAGGAUGUUCUCGUGUCCUAUUACCACUUCCACAAAUAUGCAGCCAUGCUGGAGACACCGAAGGACUUCAAUGAUUUCUUUGAGAAAUUCAUGGAAGGGAAAGUUUUUGGGAACUGUUGGUUUGAGCACAUCAAGACGUGGUACGCUAAUAGAGACAACAUGAACUUCCUGUACAUCACAUAUGAAGAGAUGAUCAAGGACCUGCGCUCCAUGGUGGAGAGGAUGUGCAGGUUUCUAGGGAAGGAUUUGACAGAGGAGCAGAUGGCCAGUGUGGUGGAACACAGCACCUUUAGAACCAUGAAACAGAACCCGCAGGCUAACUACAAGACGGUGCCCGACUCCCUGCUUGACCACAACAAGGGCACGUUUAUGAGGAAAGGGCAAUUCUGCCACUUUUCAACCUCAUAUUCAUGAUCUCUGGAAUCAUACCUGUGUCUACAUAUGUGAAAAUAGGACCAUUGGGGACUGGAAGAACCAUUUCACUGUUGCACAGAGCGAGAGAUUUGACAGUGUCUUCCAGGAGAAGAUGAAGGACCUGCCCCUCUCUUUUGCUUGGGACAUCAAUGACAUCACUAGUGUCACGUGAUGACAUCCUAGUCACGUCUUGCAGGGAUGUUUUUAAUCCUUGGGCGGGCCCCCUAAGCAUUUUUUCAGGUCACCUAAGUCCAAAUAGUGUAAAAAGAAAAAA